UGCUUCACCGGAAACACUCCAGUCAUCUGAUGUUUUACUGUCUAUGGAUGUUAUGAGUUGGCACACUCCCUGUUUCGCUUACCUUUAGUAACGUCAUAUAUAUCAAAAUAAUAUUGGUAGAUAUGGAAAUCGACCAGGAAGCUAGCCCUGCCACAACACCACCCGAUUCUGACCCACAGCGUAAGCGCAAAGUGCACGGAAUGCUAAAGCUCUACUACGGGCUCAAUGAUGAAGGAAAAGGCUCAGACCAAGCCGAAUCGCUGGAUCCCUGUGAUAUAAAUGGGCCUCAUUUCGAUCCAGAGGUCUAUCUCAAUAAGCUGAGAAAAGAAUGCUCUCUGGGCGAACUGAUGGACCAGGAGAGCUGCAUGGUGAAGCAGAUACGUUCCUUGGAUAGUGAUAUGCAGACGUUGGUGUAUGAGAACUACAACAAGUUCAUAUCAGCAACAGACACUAUUCGGAAGAUGAAGAAUGAUUUCAAAAAGAUGGAAGAUGAGAUGGAUUGCCUCUCUGCCAAUAUGUCUGCCAUCACUGAGUUCAGUGCAAAGAUCAGUGGAACACUGCAGGACCAACAUACACAGAUCACCAAGCUCUCUGGUGUUCACACACUCCUGCGCAAGCUCCAGUUCCUCUUCGAGCUCCCUGCGCGGCUGAACAAGUGCCUGGAGCUGCAGGCGUACGCUCAGGCCGUGACCUCCCACCGCCGGGCGCGCUGCGUGCUCCAGCAGUACAGCCACAUGCCCUCCUUCCGUGGGAUCCAGGACGACUGCAACGCCAUCAUGGAGCAGCUGGCACAACAGCUACGGCAGAAGUUCAGGGAUGGCGGCUCCAAUGCAAAGGACUUGUCGGAGUGCGUCGAGCUGCUGCUCCAGCUGGACGAGCCUGCAGAGGAACUCUGCGACAAGUUCCUCAGUCACGCCCAGUCCAGACUAGAGUCGGACCUGCAAGGCCUCGAGGCAGAACUACGAGACCCGGUAUCGCCCAGUAAAGCAGCAACAGAGACCUCCGCUGCGCUAAAGAAGGGGGCCUCGCCUGCUGCUGGCUCUCCCACUGAUGCCUCCGUGCAUGCAGGCAACCCAUUCCUCUCCGGGGCCUCCAAAACGGACAUCCUGGAGUUCAUCGAUCGGGGCUGCAACGAGUUCGUCAGCAACCUCUGCCUGGUCAUCGCCUCGUACCAGGAGCUUUUCAUCAACCGUCCGCAGGAGGGUGAGCUGGCCUCGAAGAACAUUCCGGAGAUGGCCAGCGGCAAGCUUCACGACUUCGUGGACGCCCUGGCAGUCCGCUACUUUUCCCUGGUGGAGCGGCGGAUCCAGGAGGAGAAGGGGGUCGGGGACAACUCCCUGCUGGUGCGCGCCCUCGACCGCUUCCACCGCCGGCUGCAGGCCGUGACCAAGCUGCUCCCGGGGUCGGCCGUGCCGAGCCAGGGGACGGAGAUCGUGGUGCAGGCGGCCCGAGAGCGGAUCAAGCAGUACCUGGCGGCCCUGCAGAGCUUCUACCUGGACAGCCUGACCGACGUGAGGCAGGCCCUGGCUGCACCCCGCCUCUCCAUGGGUAGCGGCACGGGCGCCGGGGUCCUCCUGGGUGGAGGAACAAGUGGGAAAGAUGCACCUCCUAACCUACCCGAACUCCUGGCCUCAUUUUCAGCCUCCAUCUUGAAUCAGAUUAAAUCGGUGCUGGCCUCUGUGCAUCUCUUCACAGCGAAGGAUAUCACCUUCUCCAACAAGCCUUACUUCAAGGGGGAGUUCUGCAGUCAGGGCGUGCGGGAGAGCCUGGUGGUGAGCUUUAUCAAGUUUAUCUGCCAGUCGUCUCGUCAGUUCUGUGAGAGCACCGGGGACCGGGGCGGGUCCACUCCUCCUGCCCUCCUCCUGCUGCUCUCGCGCCUGUGUCUGGACUACGAGACGUCCACCAUCUCCUACAUACUCACCCUCACAGACGAACAGUUCCUGGUACAGCACCACUCUCCAGUUACUGCUGUCACUGCCCUGUGUACCGAAGCCAGAGAGGCCGCGCAGAAGCUGCUCAAUCACUACGUUAAGGUCCAGGGAUUGAUCAUCUCUCAGAUGUUACGGAAAAGUGUGGAGACCAGAGACUGGGUGAACACUAUUGAACCGCGGAAUGUGCGGGCAGUGAUGAAGAGAGUUGUGGAAGAUACCACGUCCAUAGAUGUCCAGGUGGGCCUUUUGUAUGAGGAAGGGGUGAGAAAAGCCCACAGUAGUGAUUCAAGUAAGAGGACCUUCUCCGUCUACAGCAGCUCACGACAGCAAGUCCGUUAUGCACCCAGUUACACACCAAGUGCUCCUAUGGACACAAAUCUCUUGAGCAACAUCCACAAGCUUUUCUCUGAGAGGAUCGACAUCUUCAGCCCAGUAGAGUUCAAUAAGGUCUCUGUGCUGACUGGGAUUAUUAAGAUUAGUCUGAAGACGUUCCUAGAAUGUGUUCGCCUGCGUACCUUCGGCCGCUACGGCCUGCAGCAGAUCCAGGUGGACUGCCACUACCUGCAGAUGUAUCUCUGGCGCUUUGUGUCAGAUGAGAACCUGGUGCACUUCCUAUUGGACGAGAUUGUGGGUAGUGCUGCCCAUCGCUGUCUUGACCCUGCACCUAUGGAGCAGAGUGUCAUUGAGGUCAUCUGUGAGAGAGGUUAGAAUGGACACUACGUAUGUCACCAGCUACUUCAGAAACUCUAAAUCCACCCUUGCUGGUCUCUUGAACCUAUGAAUGAACUUUAUGAAUGGUUGCUUCAGUUGUCUCUGAGGUUGAAGUACAGGCAGUAAUAUAUUGAUUCAUAUUAAUGUUAAAGAAAUGAAUUUUGUUUUAUGUAAUGUAUGUGAAAGUUGCCUAAAAUAAAAAAAUAAAUAAAAAUGUAAACUCA